UUCCUCAUAGAAGUCACAAGAUCAAGAAAUAUUAGUGGAAAUAGAGCCCGAGCCCAUCCAUCUUCUCGACAAACUAAGGACAAGUCUCUUGGCUAAGCAUGGUGGACAACGGGUUCCUAAAAUGGAACCAAAGAGUACUCAAAAGUCAAAUCAAAACGUCAAUUGGCAAUCCUAUCGCAAUGUUCAGGAGCUUCAAGCAACAGGUAUCUAUUUAAAACGCAGUGAAGAUGAUAGCUUGAGUCUGAGUGACAUAUAUUUUAGUACAUUAUUCCCUUGUUUCGGAUUUCUUUGGGUCCCUCCAAUUAAAGUAGAUGACACAACUGGGCCCAAGUUUUUCAAUUUGAUAGCCUACGAGAUGUGCCCAGAUUUCGACAAUGAUUAUGGGGUCACCUCUUACAUAUCCUUCCUCGAUUCGCUCAUUGAUGAAGCCAACGACGUUAAGGAGCUAAGGAAAGUAGGGGUGCUCCAUAACCUUCUCGGCAGCAACCAAGAAGUGGCUCAACUCUUCAACGAGAUAGGCACCGACUUGGUGCCCAACCUCGAAAUAUUUUCCAAGGUCAAAUCCAGCAGGCAGAAGUACUACAAGAACAAGCUCUUGACCUGGACAUCUCAAAUCAUUCACGACCAUUUCAGUAGCCCCUGGACGAUCAUAGCUUUCACUGCCGCAUUUUUUGCACUUAUUCCCAGUACUUUACAAACUUGGUACACGGUCCCCUGGCUUAAUAAAUAG